GCGCUGAACGCCGCUGCCACGUCGGACCGACCGACCGACUUGGGCUGCGACUAAGGCUGCGGUUGCGGGAUGGCGGCCCGGUGAGCCGAGAGGAGGUGGCGGCGAUGGCGGCGGCGCUGCUGCGGUCUGCCCUGCUGUGCGCCGCGCUGGGCUGCGCGGGCGCGGCGCUGAUCCCCCCCGCCGACGUGAAGGUGGAGGUGCUGCACAAGCCGUUCAUCUGCCACAGGAAGACAAAGUGGGGGGACAUGAUGCUGGUUCACUACGAGGGCUACCUGGAGAGGGACGGCUCCAUGUUUCACUCCACUCACAAGCAUAACAAUGGUCAACCUAUGUGGUUUACACUUGGCAUAAGGGAAGCUAUCAAAGGCUGGGACAGAGGUUUGAAGGACAUGUGUGUGGGAGAGAAGCGGAAGCUAACUAUUCCACCAGCCCUUGCCUAUGGAAAAGAAGGGAAAGGAAAAAUUCCACCUGAGAGCACAUUGAUUUUCAACAUUGACCUUCUAGAAAUUAGAAAUGGGCCACGGUCUCAUGAGUCAUUCCAAGAGAUGGAUCUUAAUGAUGACUGGAAACUGUCCAAGCAAGAGGUGAAAAUUUACUUGAAGAAAGAAUUUGAAAAGCAUGGAGCAGUGGUAAAUGACACACAGCAUGAUGCUUUGGUUGAAGACAUCUUUGAUAAAGAAGAUGAAGACAGUGAUGGGUUUAUAUCUGCAAGGGAAUUUACAUACAAGCAUGAUGAGCUGUAGAAAAGGGUGGCAUAAUUUUUUUGGACACAAAUAGCGGUGACUUAGACUGUCUGGUUCUCCUGUCAUCUUAAUUCUGUGUUUUGGAGUUGAUGAUUGCUGUUGGCAAAGAAACACUUUGUUUAUAUAAAAGAGAAUUUCUGUUCAUUAUGUAUGAAUGUUUUAAACUGUUUUAAACUAUUUUAAAGUAUGAAAAUGUACCUCCUUUUAUACAGCAAAGACUUGCACAUCAGUAUUUUUUAAAUUUUGUAUUAACUUAUUUUUCAGAACUGAAACAAACUUUCUAGUUAUCAAACAUUGUGAAAAUCAAAAUCCAGUUCAAUGACUUUCUGUGAUUUGUUUGUGUGCCAGGAUCACUUUCAGCAAUUUCUUUAUGUAUAACUUCUAGUCUGUGUCUUAAAUACUUGACCUUCCUUCUUGUGUGUCACUGCUUAAAAAGCAGAGCUGACCUCGGGGGUUUUUCCUGCAGAUUUUAAAAGGAUGUACUGGAAGGCAUCAGCAUCUCUUUAUACAGCUGAGGAAAUGGUACAAAGCUGAAUGAGAAGAAUGAUUAUCAUGUGCUGAUUUUGCCCUUCUGAAGGUAGAGUGUUACCACCCAUGCCAACAAUUGUCUGCGUUUUUUGUUAAAUUAUGUGAACAAGGCAAGAGUUAAAUGUCAGACUUCUACUGCCAGCAACAUUCUAAGAAAUGUCUGUAAUUUGGAAAACAGCAAAUUAUGCUGCAGUGCAGAGGUAGGUGGUGUCCUUUAAAUGUACACACAUUUGUUUUGAAACUCAGAGUUUGCAUUCAUUGAAAAAGAUCACACCUUUCUCCUCACAGUUGGAGGGAGAUCUUAAAAGAGGAAAAGUGUAUUGACAGGAGGAUCAGUAUGGCCUGAAGAACAAUUUCCAUGGGCUUGCCUGCUUUGCAGCUGCAUGAGUUGCAGAACUUGUUUCAUUGCCCCUUUGCAGUAUUUUUCACAAGUAGCACACAAGUGAUGUGAAUUUUAAAUAAUAAAGUGAAUUUUUAGAAAAACGGGGACAUGAAGUAAAUGUUGUGGUGCUGUGUCUUUACAGAGAUGGUGAUCAUGAGGAUUCAAACACAAAAUGGAAUUGUUUGAACUCGUUUUUGAGAGGAAGAAAUGUUUUGCAAUCAUCCAUGAUUUCUUAAAUGAGAGGGGAAGGCAUCUCAGGGAAAGAAUAGCCUGUAUUCUGACACCACUAACCUAUGGGUCUAUGAACACAGCAUUGUACUUGGAAAAUGUUGCCCAGAGCUAUGUAAGGACAUGAAGCAAAUCGAGCUAUAUGAUCCUGAGAUUGCUGCAUUGCACUAAUCCUUGACUACUGCCAAGUGAGACUCUGCAUUCAAGGUUCUCAAUGCUGUAGGGCAAACUGCUCUAGUGCCAGCAGGAGUCAGACAACAACCUGCAGGAGACCAGAGGCAGACAGCUGCCUGUCCCUCGAGGAGGGGAGGAAUAUUGGAGCUUCAGAGGCACUCAGCAACAUUUUGACUAGC